UCGAGCACAACCGGAACCCCCUGGACUCCACGAGCGGCGAUCCCAGCAGCAGCAGCAGCAGCAAUAGCACGGCCGGCGCCACCAACAACGGCGGGAGUGUACGGCAAUGCGACCGGGUCGGUGUUCCCCCGCGGCGGCGGAAGCAGCGAGUACACGGGGCUCCAGGACGAGCUGGUGCUAAUGCUGGUGUUCCGGUCGCUCAACUGGGACCCCCACCUAGUGUGUGUCGCCGCCUGCGUCUCCCGCCGCCUCCGCGCCGUCGCCAACCGCGUCCUCUGGCGCGAGGUCUGCAUAUCCCGCGCCCCCCGCAUGGUCUCCGCCCUCACCGCCGGCGGCGCCACCCGCAUCGUCGGCGGGUGGCACGCCAUCGCGAAGCUCCUCUUCUUCUGCUGCGGCUGCGCCGCCCCCACCCGGUUCUUCCCCCUCCCCGACCCCCGCCACCCGACCCCGGGCCACUUCUCCCCCGUCUCCCGCUUCUCCAAGACCUCCGGUCGCUCCUUCCUCUCCCGCCGCUGCUGGGGCGACCUCCUCUACGUCUCCGACCCCUGCGAGCACACCGCCGCCGCCGCCGCCCGCUCCGACGAGGACCUCGGCGCCUACCGCGGAGUCUUCCGGGGCUUCAUACGGUCGAGGACCCGGGCGUAUCUCAUCAGCCGGCAGGCGGAGCUGGAGUCCCGGGUGCGCUGCACCUACUGCGGCGCCCGGGUCUGGAGCAUGACCGCCGCCGGCCUCGUCCCCCGCAGCGCAUCCCGCCGCCUCGGUUCCCACGAGGGCGACCUUGAGUACUUCGUCUGCGUCAACGGCCACCUCCACGGCUUCUGCUGGCUCGCCCACUUAUCCUCCUCCUCCGAGGAUGAUGAAGGUUACGGCGGCGGCAGCAACGACAGCGACGACGAAGAGGAGAUUGGAUAGAUCAAGACAUUGACGUCCGCUGCUGAUGUGUUAGGUUGUCUGUUUUGAACGAGACAAAGUAGGUGGUUAGGCGAUGUAGGUUUAUUUUUCGUGUGCUAUCCUCUCUUCUUCUUCGAUUUGCCUGCUCUGUUUUGUCCUCCCGCUCCCCUGCUUCUUCUGAAUCCAAAAAUAAAAAGGAGCCUCGCGUGGGCUCUCUACCCUUGUUUUAUGUGCUUGUUCUUGUCUCGUACGAUGGGUGGCACUGUGAGCGUUUGUCUCUCUCCUGUUUUUCCGCCGAGACUCGGGAGCAACAGGGGAUGCUCUGUUUUUUUUAUUGGAUUGGGAAUUUGGAAUUUUGGAUACGAGGUGUGAUGUGGAGCUGCCACGUGGGUCUUGAUGCGACGGUUAAGUUGGGAUCAUCUGUGAGUUUAAGUUCGUUCUCGUGUUGUAAGAUUACGAGAUAAUAUCUCUGAGCAUUGUUAGGGAAUGAAUGCAUCCUAAGUUGAAUCUGAUUCCAGA